UUUCAGAUAGCAAAAUUAAAAUAACGCAUUUAAAUUAAUAAUAUAGUGCCAAUGAACAAUGUGCCAUCAACAUCGAGAGAAAACAGUCGAAAUCCGAGCGAAUCGUCUUCUAGCAUCCAGGAUCUAUUAAUAAAUGUGGAAGCCAACGAUUUGUCGAGUGUGGUGAAUGAAGACGUGUCGAUUACAAUGUCGGCGCCGCCAUCUCCAGCGACACCCAGAAAAAUCGAUUUUUCCGCGGAAAUAGAAACUCCAAAAUCGACGGGAAUUCGGCGGAGGCUGACGCUGAAGGACUCAAUUGGCAGUGAUUUGGAAAACGAUCCGGAAUCCACGCCUGCAAUCCGAAAACCGUCUCGAAUAUCCUACGACGAGAGGCUAACAGUGAUUUGUGACAGUCAGACGUCUUCACCGCUUCUUGCAGAAACGCCAUCGCCGUCCCAGGAACGUGAUUCCGCUCCGUUUGCAGACGUUUUUCAGCCAAAGGGAUUUUUCAGCUUCUUCUGGGAGGAACUAACAAGAGGCUACUCUCUUCACAACGAUCAUGCGAGAUUCUCGGAAAAGCGGCGUAAAGUGUACGCUUUUCUACGAAUUCCACUGGAAUUGGAGCAAUUUUUGACUUAUGGGCUUCUACAAUGUAUCGAUGCCUUCUUCUACUUGUUCACUUUCUUGCCAUUACGAUUUUUGAUGUCAAUAUUCGGAGCUCUUCUACGCAUAAAACGCUGGACAUCGGCUGAAACUUGCGAUUUUCUGAAAGUCGUCAUUAUUGUAGCCGCUUCUAUGCUUAUUCGGGAGAUUGAUUCAUCAUUUCUAUACCAUCAAGUUCGGAGUCAAGGAGUCAUUAAAUUGUACAUUUUUUAUAACAUGUUGGAGGUUGCCGAUCGGUUAUUUAGCAGUUUGGGACAGGACAUAUUCGACGCUCUUCUAUGGACUGCAAAUUCUGAAAAACGCUUUUCCGUCGGCUAUUUCAUCCGAACGUGUGGCCAUUUAAUCGUUGCAAUCCUCUACGCAACACUACACUCAUUUCUCGUAAUUCUACAAGCCACCACACUAAACGUUGCAUUCAAUUCACAUAAUCAAACUGUGUUGGCUAUUAUGAUGAGCAAUAAUUUCGUUGAACUUAAAGGAUCGGUUUUCAAGAAAUUCGCAAAAGCAAAUCUGUUUCAAAUGGCGUGUAGUGAUGUUCGAGAACGAUUUCACAUUUUUGCACUGCUUUUUGUGGUGAUGAUUCGGAAUAUGACGGCGGUCAAUUGGAAUAUCGACUCUUUUACGGAAAUGAUUCCGGAUAUUAUAAUGGUCGUCGGAUGUGAGUAUUUUGUAGAUUGGCUUAAACACGCUUUCAUCACAAAAUUCAACGAAAUCAACGCAGAAGUAUAUAAGGAUUUUACGAUAACCAUCGCGUUUGACGUGAUUCGUAGCCGUGAUCAGAGUGCUUUUAGCGAUUAUUCCGAUCAGGUCUCGAGACGAAUGGGCUUCAUUCCGAUUCCGCUGUCGAUCAUGAUUAUUCGAGUGCUUAGUCAAACAUUUACACUUGACAAUUGGGGAUCCUGCAUCAUUUUUGGAAUCGGCUGGCUUCUGGUGUUCGCCGUGAAAAUCUGCAAUGGAGUAGUAAUGCUGGGUCAAGCUUGCCAUCACGUCAAAAGAUUCCGGGAUAUUCAGGCUCGCGCCGAAUUUGAGCUAUUUAGGAAGCGAAUGGUGGAGAAAAAGAGCAAAUCGGCGCCCAACUCGCCGCGCAUGUCACUUAUCGAUUUUACAGACGUUCUCCAUCAACCGGCUGCUGGAAAAGGCUUCACCGUAUCCGAUAUGCUGAGCCAAUGGGAAGAGCUCCAGCCGAGCUUGCUUUCUUCGGAAAUCCGGCGAAGCACGGACCGCGAGACGGCGGUUUCUCAUUUGACGGCUAGAAGUGAUGAACGAACGCCCCGAAGAGCUGUGAGCAUGGCUCAUAUUCCGAGACGAGACCGCAGCGAACCACCACCGGCUCCAUCCAUGGACCAGGAUCCGCAACUGGAUACCGAGGACCCCGUCGUCACUGAAAACAACACAAACUCCAACUCAGAACAGGCGUCACCGGUCAAAAAGAAGACAACGGCGGCGCCCGUGACGUCAUCGGCGUCCACGAACACAAAUGCCACGUCAUCGGAUGAGCUGGCCGACGUCACCGCCUACAAGAUGCCCGAGCAAGGAGUACAGAGAAUUGAAUAGUAGAGAAAAUGUUUUUGCUGCUAACGCUUGUAAUUUGACAACACGAUCUGCUCAAUUUCUGGAAAUUUUGAAUUUUCUGCGGUAAAAAAAAAGGAAAAGUGAGCAGAAAGUGUUGUUAAUUUAGAUUUUAGCGAGGAAAUUUUCGAAAUUUUCAACUUUUCCCGCCUUUUUCUGUUCAAAUUUACGGGUCAUCUUUUCCUGUCGGUUUUUCCUUUUUUCGGGAUUUUUUUUAUUGGUUGGACCAAAUAUAAACGAUUAUUUCUUAC